AUGACACCCGAAGACAAACUAGUGAUCAAUACAUUGAUACAAGAUUUGGAUGCGAUUCGCGAUAAGAUAUCUUCAGAUAAUGAGACCAUUGAACCCAAUGUCCGCGUGUGUCAAACAACAACCCAGAGGUCAUUGAGAUUAAGAUCUCGUAUGAGAACACAAGAAGUGAAUCAUACUAUUGGCGAAGAGGUUACUGGAGAUGAUAGUGAUGUGAAGGACAAGAAGAUUGUGGACACAAACAGCAAAAGUAGACAACAAAGUGACCGCAAAAGCGAUUCAGUGCGUGAAUACAAGGGCUGUAAUAAAAGCGCGAAACGAAAGCGUAAACCAAAGCCGAGGCCUAAAUUGGUGGGAAAGACAGUGAAAUGUGAUUAUAAGGACUGCGAGUAUAAGUGUCGCACAGAAGUGAACCUCAAAAGUCAUAUGAAGAGCCAUUUCAAUGCAAAGACUGAACCAUUUCGUGAACAGCGCCGACAUAUCUACAAAACAUGUUACGAUUUGAGCACUAAUUCAUACGUUUGUCACGAAAUUGAUUGUCAAAAGUCUUACAGAACUUACCGCUCGUUUAGACUGCAUUUAUUAGGCGUUCACACGGAUAAGACAUUUGCGUGCGAUUAUGAUGGCUGUGAGAAACGGUUUACCACUCUAUACCGCAUGAGACAACACUAUAAAAUAAUCCACAACACGGCUAAAGCGUUGAAAUGCCAUUUCCCGGGCUGUCGGUACAUAUUUCGUACAAAACCAGAGCUAGAAAAACAUUUUGCUAGACAUUACUCCGAGAAAGCCUUUUCAUGCGAUAUCAAGGGCUGCGGAAAGGCGUUUACAACAGCACUAGCACUGAGAGUCCAUUUACGGCUUCAUAAUAGCGAACCCACCUAUAAGUUGCAGUGCGAUUGGCCGGGCUGUGACUUUUUGACCAAAGGGACCAAUGCACUCAAUGCCCAUAAGCGCGUACACACCGGCGAAAAGCCGUAUUGGCCCGGCUGUCAGUACUCGUGUAAUAAUAGUAGCAAUAUUCGCAAACACCAUAAGCAAGUUCAUAAAGUGAAAUAA